AUGUCUCAUGAUUCCGCAGGCACGCAGUCUCUCCCGCCCCCCUCUCUUCCUCAGCUCGUUGCGGAACAACACGUACCGAUCACUCCCGCCGACAAGGACAGCAAGAGACUGAUCGUUGUGCUUUCGAACGCAAGUCUCGAGACUUACAAGGCAUCCCAUGGAGGUGCUGGCCGCAAUGGCAUCCAGCGCGAAGAAAAAUAUUCUCUCCUCAACAGCGAUGAACAUAUUGGCAUCAUGCGGAAGAUGAACCGGGACAUCAGUGACGCCCGGCCAGAUAUCACACACCAGUGCCUCUUGACUCUGCUGGACUCGCCGAUCAACAAGGCCGGGAAACUCCAGAUCUACAUUCACACAGCAAAAGGGGUUCUGAUUGAAGUGUCGCCUUCGGUCCGUAUCCCUCGAACCUUCAAGCGCUUCGCCGGUCUCAUGGUUCAACUCCUGCACCGCCUGUCGAUUCGCUCGACCAACUCACAGGAGAAACUCUUGCGCGUCAUCCAGAACCCCAUCACUGAUCAUCUCCCGCCCAAUUGCCGCAAGGUCACGCUCAGUUUUGACGCGCCCCUGGUGAAAGUGAGGGACUACGUUGACACGCUCGGCCCGAAGGAGAGCAUCUGCGUCUUUGUUGGCGCCAUGGCCAAGGGCGCUGACACGUUUGCUGACGGCCUCGUGGACGAGAAGAUUGCCAUCAGCAACUUCAGCUUGUCUGCCAGUGUUGCCUGCAGCAAGUUCUGCCACGCCGCCGAGGACUCGUGGGAUGUCCUCUGA